AUGGAGGAUCGGGAUACGAGGCGGAUGGCGACGGCCACUAAGUUAUCUGAUGUGGUACUGGACUGCGUGAUGCCGUACAUCCACGACCCCAAGGACCGGGACGCCGUGUCGCAGGUGUGUCGCCGGUGGUAUGAGCUCGACUCUCUCACGCGGAAGCACGUCACGAUUGCGCUCUGCUACACCACCACGCCGGACCGGCUCCGGAGGCGUUUCCCGCACCUAGAGUCGCUGAAGCUGAAGGGGAAGCCCCGGGCGGCGAUGUUCAACCUCAUACCGGAGGAUUGGGGAGGUUUCGUGACGCCGUGGGUUAAGGAGAUCUCUCAUUACUUCGAUUGUUUGAAGUCGCUUCACUUUCGCCGCAUGAUUGUGACGGAUUCCGAUCUUCAGGUUCUUGCUCGCUCGCGCGGUCACAUACUUCAGGCGCUCAAGCUCGAUAAGUGCUCUGGAUUCUCCACCGAUGGCCUUUAUUUUAUCGGUCGCUUUUGCAGGAAUUUGAGAAUCUUGUUUUUAGAGGAAAGCUCACUUGUUGAGAAUGAUGGUGACUGGCUCCAUCAGCUUGCUUUGAAUAAUACAGUUCUUGAAACACUAAAUUUUUAUCUCACUGAUAUUGCCAAUGUCCGAAUCCAGGACCUUGAACUUAUAGCCAGAAAUUGCCCCAACUUAAACUCGGUGAAAAUUACUGAUUGUGAAAUAUUGGAUUUGUUAAACUUCUUUCGAUGUGCAUCUGCCCUAGAAGAAUUUUGUGGAGGUUCCUACAAUGAGGAAUCAGAGAAGUACGCUGCUAUAUCAUUGCCAGCAAAAUUAAGUCGUCUGGGUUUGACAUAUAUUACAAAGAAUGAAAUGCCCAUAGUGUUCCCUUAUGCAGCCUUACUGAAAAAAUUGGAUCUUUUGUAUGCAAUGCUGGAUACAGAGGACCAUUGUACGUUAAUCCAAAGGUGCCCCAACUUGGAGGUACUUGAGUCAAGGAACGUAAUUGGAGACAGAGGAUUAGAAGUGCUUGCUCGUUGUUGUAGGAAGCUUAAAAGGCUUCGAAUUGAAAGAGGUGAUGAUGAUCAAGGAAUGGAAGAUGAAGAAGGUGUUGUUUCCCAGAGAGGGCUAAUUGCUUUGUCACAUGGCUGUCCAGAGCUUGAAUAUAUGGCCGUUUAUGUAUCCGACAUUACAAAUGCAUCUCUAGAACACAUUGGUACUCAUUUAAAAAACCUUUGUGAUUUUCGCCUUGUCUUGCUAGACCGUGAAGAGAAAAUAACUGAUUUGCCACUUGACAAUGGAGUGAGAGCUUUACUGAGGGGUUGUGACAAGCUCAGAAGAUUUGCUCUGUAUCUGAGACCUGGGGGCUUGACCGAUGUGGGACUGGGUUACAUAGGACAAUACAGCCCCAACGUGAGAUGGAUGCUUCUUGGGUAUGUGGGAGAGACUGAUGAAGGGCUUUUGGAAUUCUCUAGGGGCUGCCCCAGUCUUCAGAAACUUGAAAUGAGGGGAUGCUCCUUUUUUAGUGAGUAUGCACUAGCUGUUGCUGCAACUCAACUAACUUCUCUUAGGUACCUAUGGGUCCAAGGGUAUGGAGCAUCUCCUUCUGGGCGUGAUCUUUUGGCAAUGGCUCGCCCCUAUUGGAACAUUGAGUUGAUUCCUUCUAGACGCGUGGUUGUGAACAAUCAACCGGAAGAGCCUGUAGUUGUCGAGCAUCCGGCACAUAUUCUUGCAUAUUACUCCCUCGCUGGCCCAAGGACAGAUUUUCCAGAUACUGUUAUACCUUUGGAUCUUGCAACAUAUGUUGACACGUAA